GUUAUCCUGGAGCUUGCUGUACACCGUGUACAUUUCCAUAACAGCAAGUCUGCUGACGCUGAUCACGACCAGAGCAGUCACCCACGACUACAGCUUUUUCGAAAUAUAUUUCUUUUAUUUCUUUUAUGGCAUAGCAUCUAUCCACUUCUGUUUCAUGCUCAGCUCGUUGCUAAAGCAGCCAAAUAUUGCCAGUUUUGUGGGAUUUGUCGUUCACGUCAUCUUCGGAUUGCUGGGUUUUUUUACAAUGUUUGAAAAUCUACCGCCGUCUUCAGAAUGCAUUUUUAAUCUCUUCAGCCCUUUUGCCCUCACAGCUGGCAUCUCAAAGAUGAUAAAAUUAGAAAAAUAUGGACCGGCCUUCACACCGGAAUUGUACCCUUUCUUUAAGCUCUACCUCAUACUGACCCUUGACAGUGUCUUGUAUUUACUGUUGGCCAUCUACUUCGAUAAGGUUUUGCCUGGCAAGUACGGAGCCCCAUAUCCACCUACAUUCUUCCUGAGGCCAUCAUACUGGUUCAAGCCCAGGAGCGGGUACGUGGGGGUGCGAGCGGGCAGCGAGAGCAGCCACGAUCCUCCCUUUAGCAAUAACAUCGAGCCAAUGCCUCCGGGCUUUGAUGGGAAGGAAGCAAUCAGACUAAACAGUAUUAAAAAAACAUACCAGAAGAAGGGCAAGAGAACCGAAGCUUUAAGAGGUUUGUCCUUAAACAUAUACGAAGGUCAGAUCACGGCAUUACUUGGUCACAGCGGAUCUGGAAAAAGUGCUCUGUUAAAUGUGCUCAGUGGAUUUUCCAAGCCUUCAGCAGGUUCCGCAAUGAUAUACAACUACAAAGUGUCUGAAGUACAGGAUAUGGAAGGAAUUCAAGCAAUGGUUGGGGUUUGCCCCCAGUUUAAUUUGCAUUUUGAAGCCUUAACGGUGAAGGAAAACCUGAGAAUUUUUGCUCACAUCAAGGGGAUUCAGGGGAAUGAAGUAGAGCAAGAGGUGCAGAAAGUUCUCCAGAUGUUGGACCUCACCGACCCUCAGGACAUCCAUGCUGAUAAUCUGAGUGGGGGACAAAAAAGGAAAUUGUCUCUUGGAAUUGCAAUUUUAGGCAAUCCCCAGGUGUUGCUUUUGGAUGAGCCGACAGCGGGGUUGGAUCCCUGCUCCAGGCACCACGUGUGGAGCCUCCUGAAGGAGCGCCAGGCUGGACGCGUGACCCUCUUCACCACCCAGUCCAUGGAGGAGGCCGAUGCCCAUGCUGAUCGCAAAGCUUUUCUCUCAAAUGGGAGAUUACAGUGUGUUGGCUCAUCUCUGUACUUGAAGAGAAAAUGGGGAACUGGCUAUCACUUAAGGAUGCAAAUAAAUGAGCUGUGUGACCCUGAGCUCACAUCAUCCCUGGUCAGACAGUACGUCCCUGGUGCCGUGCUAGAAGGACAGAAGGGAGGCGAGCUGAGCUAUGUCCUACCUCUGGAAAACACCGACAGCUUCCCAGAUCUGUUCAGCCACCUCGAGAGCAGCCUUCUGCAGGGGGUCAUUAAUUACGAGAUUAGCAGAACAACCCUGGAAGAUGUUUUCCUGAAGCUGCAGGGCGAGGAAGCCAUUGGUCAAGAAGAAGACGGAGACCUCACAGAGAAGGACCAAAACCUCCUGGCAUUUUCGGAGCAGGGGACUGCAGCAGUGAGCGGGAUGGCUCUCUGGAGGCAGCAAGUGUGUGCCAUGACGAGGGUUCGCUUCCUAAAACUCAAGCAUGAAGGAAAGGUUCUCAGGUCCAUAUUGCUGUUCUUUGGAAUAUUUAUCCUUCCAAUGCUGAUAGCUUUCAUUGUACUUCGACUGUGGGAUGUCUCCAGCAACUGGGAAAUCACGUCUAGCUCAUAUUUUCUUCCCACUAAAGAGAAAACUCAAAAUAAGUCGACCAAUCUUCUCAUCUUCAAUGAUACAGGAUCAGAAAUUGAAGAUUUCAUUGCUGCUUUGAAGACUCAAAACAUAAUCCCAGAAAUAACUCUUGAGAAAAACAUCACAAGCAUCCCAAUGCAUAAUGGAGCUAUAAAAAUAUCCCUGGAAGGCAAGAGCUACCGCUACACCGUCAUGUGCAGCGCAGAGCCCAUCAACUGCUUCCCCGUGCUGGUGAACAUCCUCAGCAACACCUUCCUGAGGCUCUUCAAUUCCACCGCACGUUUCCGCGUCUGGAGUGUGCCCUUUUACAGCACAGAAUACCCAGAAACAAAGAACGAGCUUUUCUUCAUCUGCCUCACCUACAUGCUGAUUCUGGCCGCUGGCUUGCCUCCUCACUUUGCAGUGAGCAGCAUGGAGGAUUACAAGCUCCAGGCCCGUGCCCAGCUGCGGCUGGCGGGGCUCUUCCCCUCUGCAUACUGGUGCGGGCAGGCGCUGGUGGACGUCCCCCUUUUCUGGACCCUGCUGUGCCUCAUGUUCGGGGUCCUGCUGCUCUUCAACCGCACCUGCCCCAUGCCGGCCAGCGCCAUCCUGUCCCUGAUCAUUUGUGUCACUGGUUAUGGAGUAUCUCUUGUCCUCCUCAUCUAUUUAAUUGCCUUUAAAUUUCGCAUGGGGCGAAGCAAUCGUUACAUUUGGUCUUUUGUCUUCAUCCUGGUGAAUUUCACUCUCUAUGUGACCAGUGACCUACAUGAAACACUUUACUUCAUCUUCUCCACUUUGAUUCCUGUGUUUCCAAUGCUGGGCUGCUUGAUAUUUGCUGUACCAGUAAGUAAACAUGUCCUACUAAAUUCAGUAAUGUCAUGGAAUGACAUCUUCGUAGCUGUCUUUGCACCUUACAUCCACUGCGUGAUUUUUGCCUUCCUCCUGCGCUGUUUGGAGAUGAGAUAUGGAGAAGCAGUUGCCAGUCUUGAUCCUAUCUUCAGGAUCCAGCAGAGGAAAGCGGUCGCCCGCCAGAACAGGGACCCCCCUGGGGAGGAGCCCCCCGAGGUCCAGGCAGAGAGGGAGCGGGUGAGGAGCGCGAUGGCCGCCCUGCAGCAGGAGGAGUCGGUUAUCGUUGUCAGCAGUUUGCGCAAGGAAUAUGAAGACAAGAAAGCCAGCUCCAUCUUCAAGAAGAAGAAGAAAGUUGCUGUCAAAAACCUCUCUUUUGGUGUUAAAAAAGGAGAAGUAUUAGGUCUGUUAGGACCCAACGGAGCUGGAAAAAGCACGACUAUAAAUAUGAUUUCUGGAGACGUAGCAGUGACUGCCGGGGAGGUGCUGCUCAAGAGCCGCGAUGCAGCCGUCCCCUCCCCAGGUUGCUUGGGCUGCUGCCCACAGCAGGACCCACUCUGGCUGGACCUCACAGUGCAGCAGCAUCUGGAGGCGUACGCUGCCAUCAGAGGGAUGAGGAGGGAAGGCGCAGCUGUUGCCAUCAGCCG